GUUUGUCAGAAAACACACAAUAGAAUAUUGGUUAACAAUUGAUGCUCAUCACCAUCAGUCAAGCAGUGUGUUGAUAUACAAUCCACAUUUCACUGCACUGUACAUUAUUACUUAACACUAAUAACAAUAAUGCCGAAUAGCAAACAGGAUCCACGAGACAAUGGGGAGCUUCAUCGAUGCACCAGGUGCGAGCAAAUCCUCAGAAGCCCGGUGCCAACAUCUUGUGGGCAUAGGUUUUGUGAGGCGUGUCUAAGAGUUCUGGCAACUCCUAGAAUGCCUGGUAGACCUCUAUGUCAGAUAUGCUCAGAUGAUGGUGUAGCUGAAGAUUUCACGCAGUGUGAUUUAGCUCAAUCAAUGAACAUGCAAAGAAGUUGCUCGACUACUUACAGGCUGAAUAGAGAGGAAUUGAAGAAAGGAUUUAGGGUGGCAAAUGAAAGUACGCGAAACAGAGUUCGAUUAGAAGAGAUAUGGGAUCAGAUUGAGAAGAUGGAGCAAAGGGCUACAGAGCUAGGUGCUUUAUUGGAAAAAUAUAGGAGAACGCAUACAUACAAACGCAAACUACAAAAAGAACUAGCAUCCCUUGAAGAGAAAAUCCAAAUAUUAGAGGAUAGUCUUCGAUUAACAGAUAGUAUUUUGGAAUCGCAGGACCGAAAGAUGGUCAAGCCAGGAAGGGUAUAG